UUUUCGCGCUCGGUGUUGCGGCAGACAUGAGAGUACACAGUCGGUGGAUCCCGACAGAGUGGGACCCCAGUGACGAGGCCUCCCGUCGGUAUCAGCCGCUUGGGCUCAAGGGGAAGUUCGAGCGGCGAUGGGGCCCCCGCGCCUGGCGGGGCGGUGCAUGCCGAGGCGGGCGCUGACGGGGCAGACGCCUGUGCCGCGCGCCACCUGGAGUUCAGGCUCAGGCCAGGCCGCCGCGAGGUCCUCGCGCUCCCGCUCGGCCAGGCGGUCAGCCCCUGUCUCCCGCCGCACCGCUGCCAGGGCGCCGACGCUGGGGCGCGCGCGGCCGCGCAGCUUGCGUGGGCCGCGCGCCGAUCGCGUCGACCUGGAGCUGCGGGCGCUGGUGGAGGCCGAACGGCAUCAGCUCUGCUCCAGGCUGACACGCUUGGAGGCGGAGAAGGUGUGGGUGAAGACCCAGAGCGUGUACCUGGGGGUCUUGAAGGUCCUCCUGGCCGGGCUGCGCCCGGGCCCCCUCCCCGCCUGGACGCGCGAGGAGUGGGGCGCGACAGCGUUCGAGUUCGUGGAGUGGCUCUUCGACCAGGGCGGCGCUGAUGCGACGGCCAAACGGUUGGGCUCGGCGCUCGCGUGGGGCGAGCCGAAGCUCAGCGCGGGCACCCUGCGCCUGUCGUUCCCCGUGCUGCAGCAGACGCUGAGGGGCUGGGUGCAGCAGCGCCCAGAACUGUCGCGCCCGCCCGUGCCGUGGCUGGCGGCAGCUGCCGCGGCGCUCUGGCUGCUCGAGCAGGGGCUGGAGGUCGCGGCGCUAGGCGCGGUGAUCAUGUGCGAGACGUACAUGCGCCCUUCGGAGCAGCUGGCAAUCGACGCCGACCAUGUCGUGCCACCGCUGGAGGGCGAGUCUGUGAUCAGGGCCCAAGAGGGGUUGGUGCCAACCAAGACCAACGCCUUCGACGUGAGCGUCCCGCUGGACAUGUCGAGGCAGCGCUGGCUUGCCCGCUGCGUGGAGGCGCUGGUGCGGCGCCGCGGCCCCGGGGAACGCCUGCUCGAGGUCGAGUGUGUGGGCUUCCAGGAGAGCUUCAGGACAGCCUUGAGCGCUGUUGGAGCCUUGGAGUUGCGGGCCACGCUCUGCUGCCUCCGCCGUGGAGGCGCUAGCCACGACCGCUGCGUGGCCGCCAGAACCUUGGCGGACGUCCAACAGGGCGGGUGGUGCGCUUAGUGUUUCAGGAGCUUGGCAAGGCGCGCGUGCGCGAGUUGCGCCGGCGCGUGUCUGGUAUCGAGCGCGCCUUCGAGAAGCGCUUCGUGCGGCGCUGCAGGCCUCCCGCGGACGGCAGUCACAAGUGGUGUUGGAGAAAUUCUCGGGAACUGGCGAGCUCAGCCGCCAUCUCCGAGCCCGAGGUGGGGCCGUGAUAGAAUGGGAUGCCAGACGUGGGGCAUGUUUCAAUCUUCUAUUUCCUGAGGUUUGGCAUGUGCUCCGUGGGUGGAUAUGUAGUCAAAGAGUGAAGGUUGUGUGUUUGGGAACCCCAUGUGCAGGCUAUGCGAGAUCCCGCCGUGCCCCCUUUUACAAUAAGAUGCAUCGCGCAAUCAGAUCCCUUGAGUAUUCCAUGCGUCUGCCUGGGCUUUCUGAAAAUGAUCAGCGUCUUCUCCUG